AUGCCGGGUCCAGGUCCAGAAACCGCGAGAUCCGCACCAUCAUCUGGAAGUUCUGAAAAUUCAGAUAUCCUGGACAUGAAAGACGAGGAAGGCUGGGAAGAUGCUGAGCCAGAUGAGGAAGAAACACAGUUCAUCUCAUUAUUGGACGAUGAGGUUUUCAUGGAUAUCCAUGCAAUGCUCAACCACUGCAAGCAAAAGUACAACUUUGAUUUUCUCGAGAUCAGACAGCGGCUGGCUCUUGAUUUUUAUGGCAGUGUCAAACUUGUCAACUUCAUUCGUUCUCAGGUUCACAGCGGGAACAAGGUCUCCCAGGAUAUCUCUCAGCAAGAUCUCGAUGACGAGAAAUACCUCAAGCCCGUUCUGGAAGACGAUGCUUUGCUGUUUAGUCUCGACGAUCUUCCUGAUGUUAUGGAACGCGUGCAAAGACCCAACGGCAAAGAAGCGUCAAAUGACUCUGGAGAGCUGGUCAGUCGGGUUUCAGAAUUGGAAGGAGAGUUGCGUCGAAUCCAGCUGCAAUUUGACAAUUACAGGGCCUCGGUGUCCGAAACCCUGGAUGACAGGUGGAAUGAGAAACGCACGACUGGGUCGCCAGGAGCAGCAGGCACAGAAAAGGAGGAGGAGAGAGACGACGAUUCGCACUAUUUCAGCUCCUAUUCCUACAACGACAUUCAUGAAACCAUGCUGAAGGACAGUGUCCGAACUGAUGCAUACCGAGAUUUUAUCUACAAUCACAAGCUGCUGUUCGCCGGCAAGACCAUCCUAGAUGUCGGCUGUGGUACUGGUAUUCUGAGCAUGUUCUGUGCUAAGGCUGGUGCAGCUCGUGUCAUUGCAGUCGACAAUUCAGCGAUCAUCGACAAAGCACGGGAGAACAUAUUCAACAAUGGCUUCGCGGACAAAAUCACAUGUCUCAGGGGCAAAAUUGAAGAAGUAAUUCUCCCUGUCGAUAAAGUUGACAUCAUCGUCAGCGAAUGGAUGGGUUAUUGUUUACUCUAUGAAGCGAUGCUUGAUAGUGUCAUUUGGGCAAGAGAUAAAUAUCUCAAGCCGGAUGGAUUAAUGGUCCCAAGUCACAUGAAUAUGUGGGUUGCGCCAGUUGCAGACCCGGAUUAUAUCUCAGACCACAUCGCAUUCUGGAGGGACGUGUAUGGAUUUGACAUGAAAGCCAUGCAAGCUGGUAUCCAUGAAGAUGCCCAAGUCCUGAACAUGCCAGCUGCCACUGUUUGUGCUGACCCCUUUCCAUUCCUCCAAUUGAGUUUGCACACAACGACGGUGAAGGAUCUCUCGUUCAAACAAAAAUGGGAAGGAAAGCUAAAGUCGGACAUUGAUGCAUUGGAUGGCUUCAUCAUCUGGUUUGACUCAUUCUUCAUGCCUUCCCGAGAUGAUCUGGUCCCACAGAAUGCAAAAGCCGAGGAGUGGGCGAAGGCAGGCAAAAUAGGAAUUGCAUUCACAACGGGACCAGGUGGAAGAGAAACCCAUUGGAAGCAGGGAGUUAUGCUCAUUGACAACACGAAAGUGUCACCUGUUAAUAGGAAAGAGGGGGAGCACCUAGCCGGUGAGCUUGAGUAUGCUGUACCAGAGGACAAUUCUCGGGCUCUGACCGUGGGGAUGAAGUGGCAAUUUGAUGGGAAUCAGGAGGUGUCACAAUCAUGGAAGAUGAGGUAA